GGCUCUCAUACGGGGCACGGGCUUUGUUUAUCAACAUUGCACAGACCAAAUUCACAAGUUGCACAACGCGAAAAAAUGCCCGCAAUCGAAGCUUUAAUUAAAAGCCAGGGCGCUACCGAGGCGGUCACACAAGAGGUCACGGGCAGCAAUAUGAGUGAGCUGAUUUCAAGCAUCAAAGUGGUAAAAGAUUCCUUGAACGAUCUGCUCACCGCGAUUGUGGUACGGGACGCGAGUUCGGGUAGUGCACGGAAGGAACGCACGGAAGAAGCUACAGAAGAGGGAGCAGCUGAUGGUGAUAGUAGUGAUGAACCGGAAGAGGGCGACAAAGAAUCCAACAAGCGUCAGAAGGUGUAGACCAUAGAACAGCUUUCAAAGUGCAACCUAAAGCGAUAGCGAAUGCAUUUUUGAAUUUUAUCGGUUUCAGUUGUAUGUAAGUGUGCCUUUUUGAAUUGACCAAGGUUUGAAGUAAAAGCAGGCAGCAUGCGACCGGUGCGCGCAUGUCACCACCGACCUGCCGUUGCUAGGACGCAAUGUUCGGAGGUGUCAAACAAGUGGCUCAAAGUACGGAAUAAGAUUGCGAAAUUGUUUCCUCUAAAAUCCACAAUAAAAGUUAACUAACGAUUUACCAUUACGCACAUCGGUAUGUGUGAUCUAUCGAAGCCUAAUUUUCAUUCGACCGAAUCGUCCGAGAGUGAAGAUGUUAGCGACACCACAACUAGAGCAUCGACGACAGAAUCUCACAGUCAGCUCGGCCCGAAAGCCAUGUUCAACGAGAUGGAAAGUGGUAUGAUAAACAUCGUAAUCGAGGAAGCGACGUACAAGCUGAUCGUCAUCAACCGGGAUGGGGACAAAACGAGCGCCCCGAUCGUACGGAAGCCGCCGAUGCACGUCCGCUUCGAUCCGUCGUACAAGAACCAGCUGCUGAGCGAAAACAUGGUCGUCGAUUUGGCGAUGGGAAAAAUGAUUCUCGUAAAGCUGCAGAAUGAUAUCUCCAAUUUACGCAAGCUGCUUUCGGACACGCACACGGAGAUGGCGGAGUUCGGUACGUUCGAGACGCUGCAAACCUUCAUGGACAACGACAUCCAAAGCGAACAGGAAGAGCUAAUUCUGAUCCGGGACAGUAUCUUGAAUGAGAAAAAGCUGAAGAUACUGCAAACCCAGCUCGAGGGCGUCAACCGUGAGUGCAAGAACGUGCUGAAGCAGCUCGACGACGAAAUAUUCGACCUGGAGACGAAGCUCAAGGACGCACGGAUUGAGAACGACAUCAAGACGAAGCUGGUCCAGCAGUGGGAGCGUACUCGGCACGAGCAGGCGCGCAUCAUCAUCGAGGGCAAGGAGAACGAACUGGCGCACACGGCCACACUGACGAAAGCGAACAUCGAGCGUGAGUUGCGGCUGAAAAGCGAAAUCGAUGUGUACAUCAACUACUGCAUCGAUCAGAUCAGUGAAAAGAUCGCCUUCUGGACGGAUAAGUACCAGCGGGAGAUAAAGGCGCUGGAUGCACAGAUUGCCGAGCACAAGGACAAGAUCGUGAACCUGAAGGUGCAGUUCGAGGAGAUGACGAUACUGUUCAAGCACCGCGAGAAGGAUCUGAAAAUUUGUGCCGAGUUUAUGAAGGAGCGGGAGCAGCAGCUGGCACUCGCCAACAAGCAGAUGCGUUCGGCGAUCAAGAUCCAGUCCUGGUGGCGCGGCACGAUGGUGCGCAAGGGGUUGGGACAGUUUAAGCGCAAGAAAAAGCAAAAGCCCCAGAAGGCACCGAAGAAGGGAAAGAAGGGAAAGUAAGGUUGAACAUGAAUGAUAGGUAAGGCUAUCACUAUAAGGCUAUAUUUUUAUUCUAGCUAUCGAUGAUAAAGAGUUGCUACCUGUAAUUCGUCCUUUUAAUUGCUUGAUUCCACAAUGUAAUACUUCGAGGCGUUUUAAAAACCUUUUAAAAGGUAGUACUGUCAGCGCGUUGGCAACGGUUAUUAAAGCAUAAACAUAAAUAAGAAAACCAUACAUGGAUCAUCUUAUUGAAUAUGCAUCGUACUUCUUUUUUUCAAUUCAAUUUUAUUCUUAUUAUUAAACCGCAUGAAGAAAACGACAAAGCACAGGUACACAGGUGUACAGCACUACUUUAAUUUCCGACAGCACAUGUCUUGGUACGUGAAUAGGCAUGCCAUUAAAUUACCCAUAGACAUAGUGAAAUCGUAGAGGGAAGCGCAAUUGCAACUUGCAAUUAAUUUCGGGAUUUUAAGCCACCACACGCGGUCGAUUGAUCUGCCAAUGAAGGCUACCUUCUCUCUAUCAUUAAAGAACUGAAUCCAACGUCCGUUAAUGAGUGCGCUAGAAGCCUCUAGGUGAGCAUUCGAAACCCGUUUUAUGUUUUUUUUUUUAUCAAUUCAUUGUGUUUUGUACAUGAUCUUUCCAAUAAAAAACAAACUCCAAGCUUUGUUUUAUACAAUUGAGCAAAGCGUUUCGUACGGAAUGCGUGAGAAACGGUGUAAAAAAUAUGCUUUUUAAGAUCCAUUAUACAUAAAAUAGUAAGAAAUAAUGCUUGAUUAAAACAUCGCUGCGAGUGUGAUGCAUUGGAGUGCAAACCAUAAUGAUAAAACGAGUUUUUAACGGCCAAUCAUGUAAUUGAGAUUACGUUGAAGAGCAGUUUCGUAAUCACUCUACGGAAAACGUUCAAAUCAUCUGAGGUCAAAAGCAGUGUGGCAGGAACUAUAAACACAUUUGUAAAAAAUAACAAUAAAAAUGUAAUUGCAACAUUA